AUCUCGUGGUCCUUUUUCCAGGCUGGCACUGGGGGUCAUGGCACAGGUGGGGCACAGGGUAGAUUACCUGGCAGGUUUCUGCUGCCCGGUUGGGGGGUUGGCAGCUGGGAAGCCCCGGGUGCUGUGCCACGAGAACCGGAUCUACCUCUCCAACGGCACCGAGUAUGUCUACGUCUACGACCAAGAAGGGCGGCUGAUGAAGGCUGUUUACAGAUUUCCUGAUCAAGUGUGGCAUGUGGAGCUCCUGCCCUUCCACAAGCAGUUAUAUAUCCUGUGUGCUGGAGUUGGUAUUUACUGUGUGUCCUUGGACUACCAGAGCAGGCUAGCAAAGCGGACAGAUGGUGAGGAAAAUGACUGCUUCUCCAGCGUCUUCCCUAUGGGCUCCGACACCUGCACCUUCCCCGAUGCCACGCUUUGCACCUUCACGCUGCUCAAUGAUGUCCUCAUCACCCUCUCCCAAGUUCAGGGGAAGUGGUGCAUGAAUCUCCAUGAGCUCCCAGGCCCAGAGGACCGGGAGAACUUGCCACGCCAGCCAAUCAGCCAUGUGGACAUCACCACCAGCACCAGCAAUGACGGGGACCUGUCCCUAGCACACUUCCUCCCUGUCCUGUGUUGUGCAUCUUCUCCCAGCGCCAGUGACCACAAGGAGGGCCUUCGCCAUUCCGGGGCGUUCGUGCUGGAGGAACCCCUCUUCAGCCUCCUCUUUGGCGUGGAUGCCGCCAUGCUGGACUCUCCCAUGAUCCUCUGUGGCUUUCCAGAUGGGCAGCUGUGCUCCGUGCCCCUGAAGGCCUUGAGUUCUCCCGACAAUCGCAGCUGUGAUGAUUCGCCCGUCAAGAUCCUUCAUCAUUUGGAGGAGCCGGUGGUCUUCAUCGGGGCCUUGCGGACAGAGCGGGGGUCCUCAGAUGCAGAGGAAGUGCCGGCGUAUGGAGGCUUGGGAUGUGACUGUGUAGUGGCUUUGGGUCACUAUGGUAAGAUGGUGGCCAUCAAGGCAUCUCAGGGAGAAGAGGUCAAGGUCCCAGAGCUCCGAGAGUAUUACCUACAGGGGCCUGUCCUGUGUGCCGCAUGCAGUGGGGGCAGCCGAAUGUACUACAGCACUCAUUCUGACAUCUAUGCUGUGGACUUGGACAGCAGCACCCCAGAGGCUGAGAAAGUUGAGGACUCGGCAGGGACCCUUCCUUCUGCUUUGUCUCCUGCCAGCUUGAGCAUCUGCAGUGUGGUGGCGCUUUCUUUAUCUUCCCGGGAGUCUGAAGGUGAGUCUGAGCUCCUGGCUUUAUCUGCUAAAGGCCGUCUCAUGACCUGUGGCUUAUGCAGCCCGGAUGACACACAGCCUGUCAGGAUGAACCCAGACAAAGCUGGACAGAGGAUCAAAGAGUUGCUGUCUGGGAUAGGCCACGUCUCUGAAAGAGUGUCCUCCCUAAAAAAGGCCGUGGACCAGAAGAACCAAGCGUUGACAUGCCUGAACCAGGUGAUGAACGUGAGUGCGGCUUUGCUGUCGAGCCAGAAUGGCCAAAAGCCCAUCACGUGCGCCAUUGCUGCCCACUGGAGCCACAUCCUGGUUCAGGACACCUUGACGGUCUCCUGCGUCUUGGAGAAUUCGAGUGAGUGCAGCCUGGAGCGAGGGUGGACCUUCUGCGUCCAGCUUUUUGCCAGCUCUUCCGACUGUGAAGAGGACUCCUCCGAUUCCGCCAUCACCACCUACACUUUCCCUAUCGAUCAGCUCCUUCCUGGGAACAAGACGGAGGUGACCCUCCCUCUGGGCCCUGCCGAAGGCUCCAAGCUGGAGCUGCCUUUCACAGUCUCCUGCUCCCUCUACUACAGCCUUCAGGAGAUCCUAGGCACUGUCUCGGAGUCCACUGAACUGCUGGACGACCUGUUCUCUGAUGAUUCCCCGGGCCUUUCCCCGGACAGAGAAGGCAUCUGCCUGCCCUUGAGGGAAGUCACGAUUGACCUCCUGCAGUGCCUUCGCCUGGGCGGUGGCAGUGGCACGCCUGAAGCCACCCCACCUGCAGCUGCCAUUGCCCUCCCUGGGGAUCCACUUGAGACCUUCCUGAAAUUGUCCCAGAUGCAGUCUGACCUUGAGAGUGUUGAAGGGAGCGAUGAGCUUGUUCCAAGAGCGCUGAGCACCCUGGGAGAGGGUUACCUGGCUCCGUCGGUGGCUUCAAUCAAGGUGUCCUCUGAACUGCUGAGAACGGCCCUGAAGGACUUCUGUGCAGACACGUCCCUCUGCUGUGCUGUGCUGCGGUGGCUGCUAGCGGAAAACGCCGAGGUGGAGGCCCUGCGGAGCCAGGAUACAGCAGCAGUGCGGGGGCUGGCCCCAGAUGGAGGCCAAGUGCAGCUGACCAUCCGAGAGGUGGCUGUCAGUGACCUGAACCCAGCAGGCCCCAUCCAAGCAGUGGAGAUCGUGAUCCAGAGCUCCCUGCUGGCAAACAUGUGCCAGCUGCACCAUGCCGUGGUUAGACGCAUUCAGGCUUUGGUUUUGGAGCCAGCAGCCCAGGAUUCGUCUCCCCCAGAGAUCCGUGUGCAAUACCUCCACCAGAUCCAAGCCAACCAUGAGAUGCUGCUCAAGGAGGCACAGUCCUUGCGUGACAGUCUGUGCUUGGGGAAUGAUUCAGAUGCGACUGUGGAAAAGCUCCUGCACGUUUAUCGGGAGCUACGCAACCCCAGCCUCAUAGUCCUGUGAGCACUGAGCUGCGGUUCUCCGUCUUGGCACACCUCGGAUCACUCCGCUACCAUCUCUGCCCAGUGCCGGUGGGAUGAAGGGAGCAGCUGGCUGUACACCUUGUGAACGGACUGAGGGGCUGAAGCAGCGGCAUGGCCAGGAG